AGCAAAGGAAAUUUGGAGCAACUGAUCCCUGCAUGGAUGGUGUUCCCUGGAUCUUGGAGCCCUCUGCCAACCCCUUGAUGGAUGUUGAUGGCAUUCCGCCGGAAAGUAAGGUGUCUGCUCCUAAGAUUGAGAUAGAAGAAAUGUUGGACGGUGCCGAUCCUGAGAUGGGAGGCCCCGCUCCUCCUGACGACCACUUGCGGAACCUGAAAGCUCUGACGGAGAAACUGAGGCUGGAGACGAGGAGACCCUCCUAUUUGGAGUGGAAGGCCCAGCUGGAGGGGAUUGCAUGGAAAAGCCACCCGGAGCCUCCUGCAGGGGAAGAAGCCAGCCGGGAUGAGAAACCAAUGGAGGAAAGCGUUCCUUUAACAGAGGUGCAAGUUCGUAUCAAUGGAGACUCUCUGAAAGAGCAAGUUCCGGUGGUGACCCAGGAGAAAAUCAGUGGCUUUGGAAAUAUUGAUGAGGCUCUAAACUGGCUCAGGAAAGAACUGAUGGAAAUGCGUCUCCAGGACCAGCAGCUGGCCCGGCAGCUGAUGCGCCUCCGCAGCGACAUCAACAAGCUCAAAAUCGAGCAGACCUGCCACCUCCACCGGCGGAUGCUCAACGAUGCCACCUACGAGCUGGAGGAGCGGGACGAGCUCUCCGACCUCCUGUGCGACUUCCCCCUGACGUCCUCCUUCAGCCUCUCCACCCCACUCAAGCUCAUUGGCGUGACAAAGAUGAACAUCAACUCCCGCCGGUUCUCGCUUUGCUAGAGGGGAGGGGAUGGGAGGGCAGAGGGGCAGAAGCGGGCAUGGAGGGCGGCCUUGCCAACGGAGAGGAGGAGAAGCUUGCUGGUCCUUUUGCUCGGCAGGGGAAGGCAGGUGAGGUCGGAGGACCAAGAGGGAAGGCGGAGCAGAUCUGGCAAGGACUCCUCCACCGAUCCAG